AAGGUUGUCAGUUUGACUUGACAAUUGACAUUAGUAAAGUGAGGUUAUAACGAAAACAGUUGUUUGGUGAUUUUAAUAGAUUUUGAUUAUUUUACUUGGAAAUAAAUGUAAUAAUUAUGUUGCGACGUGCCACGUCGUUAUUUAUACCAAAUCGAGGAGUUAACCAGCUAGUAAAACCCUUAGUAAAUAUAAAGUGGACGAGGCCGCAGGCUAUACCCGCAUAUAACCCAGAAAAGUCGGGUGAUUUAGAAGGACUUCCAAAUAUCCCCGACAAUUCGUUAGGCAAAGAAUACAGCCUAUGCGAAGAAAUAAAGGAUGCACCAGAGUCAGUGAAGAAAAUAUUCUCAGUAGGACAUCUUGGUAAAAAGGAGUACAAUGCCCUUGUCAAGCAAGAGUUAAUGGACAGAGUUAAAAGACAUGAAUAUGAUGAGAGGACUGCUGAGACACGAAUUGCCAAAUUAACAGGACAAAUUCGAUGCUUGCAAGAUACGAUGGAGAAGUUUCCCAGAAAUGCAAAAGCUAAGAAAGCAGUUCAAGAGAUCAUAGAUAAAAGGAAGAAGUUGUUAAAAUAUCUACGUCAGUAUGACUACAAAAAGUUUGAAUGGUUGUUGGAAAGGCUAAACAUUGAAUACAAGGCACAUCCAGAGUCCUAUCACAAACUAACUCGUAAGGAAUCAUUACGUAAACUGACGGAAAUGCACUGUGACAGCAUUCGUCAAAGCAAACUUUCAGAUUACAGGAACUUACUAGAAAGUCAACAGGGCCCGUUCCUCAGACAAAAGUUGGAUGCACUGAAGUUUAUUAGAAACGAGCAAAUGGACUUACAACUGCCUAUAACAGUGACUGAACAGGACAUCAAUAAAGUGGAGGAACAACUGAAAGAGUGGAAAAUAAAAGAUGAGCUCAAAGAACAGGUUAAGAAAAAGAAGAAAAAUAUUCUUUUGGAUUGAUGGAGAAUGUAAUAUAGUAAAUAUGUAAGAAAACAAAAUUUAUCUCUCUGUCAUUAAAGUUCAUCAGAGUAAAAUUGCCUUUUAAAGCUAUAGUUCAUCUACUCAUACAAAGAGUGAUAUUUAAUGCACCGUAAAAUUGUAAACAGGAAAAAAUAAAUACAGUAUGAUGUAGUUAAAAAA